CCUCGGUUGUCCCGCUUCGGCCCCUGGGGCUGCCCGGAGACGCCUGCAGCUCCCAGACGCCGGCUGCCCGCGUUCCCACUCUCGCCGGACCGGGGGAUGGGGCCUCCCGCCGGCUUCGGCCGCUCCCUCUGGGGCCCCGAAGGCGCCCCGGCCCCGCCGUGACCGCCGCCUGCCUGGUGCCGCCCCCAGGAUGAAGGGCGGCGAGGGGGACGCGGGCGAACAGGCCCCGCUGAACCCGCAGGUCGAGAGCCCCGCGGGCACCGCCACGUACCGAGAGUUCGUGCACCGCGGCUACCUGGACCUCAUGGGGGCCAGUCAGCACUCGCUGCGGGCGCUCAGCUGGCGCCGCCUCUACCUCAGCCGGGCCAAGCUCAAAGCCUCCAGCCGCACGUCUGCCCUGCUGUCCGGCUUCGCCAUGGUGGCCAUGGUAGAAGUACAGUUGGAGAGCAACCAUGAAUACCCACCAGGCCUGCUGGUGGCCUUCAGUGCCUGCACCACCGUACUAGUGGCCGUGCACCUGUUCGCGCUCAUGGUCUCCACGUGUUUGCUGCCGCACAUCGAAGCCGUGAGCAACAUCCACAACCUCAACUCCGUGCACCAGUCGCCACACCAGCGACUCCACCGCUACGUGGAGCUGGCCUGGGGCUUCUCCACUGCCUUGGGUACUUUUCUCUUCCUCGCCGAAGUGGUCCUGGUGGGCUGGGUCAAGUUUGUGCCCAUCGGGGCCCCCUUGGACACACCCGCCCCUGUGGUGCCCGUGUCCCAGGUGCCUGGGAAUCUGCCGCCAGUGGCCACCUCUCUGAGUCCACCUUCCAACCUCCCCGCAUCUUCUGCCUCCGCAGCCCCGCCCCGGCAAGCGUGCGCUGAUGGUGGUGGGAGCCACGGGCCAGGCUGGCAAGCAGCCAUGGCCUCCACAGCCAUCAUGGUACCGGUGGGGCUGGUGUUCGUGGCCUUCGCCCUGCAUUUCUACCGCUCCUUGGUGGCUCACAAGACGGACCGCCACAAGCAGGAGUUGGAGGAGCUGAGCCGCCUGCAGGGGGAGCUGCAGGCUGUGUGAAGCCAGCGUUUGGCGUUACUGCAAACACUGCCUCCCUCGGGGGUCUGCCAGAGAGGGCUCACGCCCCCCCCCCCCCCCAGGGCUCCAGACCUCACUCCCUGCCCCUGUGGCCACUCUCAGGUAGAGACCAGACUCCCCCAACAUUCCCAAGGAUGGGCCCGGGCAGGGGGACCCUAGCGGGACCCUUGGUGCUGACACUGUGCCCCUUGCUCCUCUGCAGGAUGUGGCAGUUGGCAGGUCACACGCUCACACAGUCGCCCCAGAAAGCAGAGAGCCCCCGCUUUGUAUGCGUUGUUUAAGGGGAAGCUUCUCCCCAUGCCUGGAUUUCAGUGGGUUCCAUACUCUUGGCUUUGUUGGCUGUGGAGGGACUUGGGUGUUUCUAUCCCAGGUGGGUAGAUCCAGCCUCCCUAGUUUUGGAGGUUCAAGCCCACCCCCUCUCCCUCAGCUGUAGGUGACCUGUGGCUACACACGGACCGGGUGGUACCUGUUCCACUGCCCUAGCCCCACCCCCAGGGGUUCCGUAUCUGGUUCUCACUCUGCUGGCCGGCGCUGGGGGCCUCUGGAGACCGAGGGCCUGCGUGCCUGCUCUGAACGCUUACCAAGGGUCCUAAGAGAAAGAUGGUUCUGUCCUUAGCCCUCAAAACCCAGAGCUCUUCGGACACUGAAUUUUUGAUGCACCUUGUUUUGUAUAAUAAACUGUUUCACAGA